AAGGCGGUUACGUGAUGCGUCAUUGCGCUUACGUGUCAUCGUGACGACAGUCUCGCGUGAUGAGACUUGUGGCGUUGGGAAUUUCUGUGAGACAGGAGGCAAGGAGCUUGCAGGUAGGAGCUGUGCGGGAGGUGGGACUGUCUACCGGUCUCCAGUGAUGUGAAGAUGACUCAGGGGAAGAAGAAAAAACGAGUGAACCGUAGCGUGUUACUGGCCAAGAAAAUCAUCAUUAAGGAUGGGGGAUCUCCGCAGGGGAUUGGCUCUCCUAGUGUCUAUCAUGCAGUUAUUGUAAUCUUUUUGGAGUUUUUCGCCUGGGGUUUGCUGACUGCUCCAACUUUAGUGGUUUUACAUGAGACAUUUCCUAAACAUACCUUCCUAAUGAAUGGACUCAUUCAGGGGGUCAAGGGUUUAUUGUCCUUCCUAAGUGCUCCUUUAAUAGGUGCACUAUCAGAUGUGUGGGGGAGAAAGUCCUUCCUGCUGCUAACAGUAUUUUUCACUUGUGCUCCCAUUCCACUUAUGAAAAUUAGUCCAUGGUGGUAUUUUGCGGUUAUUUCUGUGUCUGGGGUGUUUGCUGUUACAUUCUCUGUAGUUUUCGCUUAUGUAGCGGAUAUAACGCAGGAGCAUGAAAGAAGUAUGGCAUAUGGCCUGGUUUCUGCCACGUUUGCUGCUAGUCUAGUCACAAGUCCAGCUAUUGGUGCUUACCUGGGCCGUGUAUAUGGGGAUAACCUUGUGGUGCUUCUGGCAACAGCCAUUGCACUGCUUGACAUCUGCUUUAUCCUGGUAGCUGUUCCUGAGUCUCUUCCGGAAAAGAUGCGGCCAGCAUCCUGGGGAGCACCAAUUUCUUGGGAACAAGCAGAUCCUUUUGCAUCUUUGAAAAAGGUGGGGCAAGAUUCCAUUGUACUGCUCAUAUGUAUCACAGUAUUCCUCUCCUACCUCCCUGAAGCUGGGCAGUACUCCAGCUUUUUUCUCUACCUUAGACAGAUCAUGGAUUUUUCACCAGAAAGUGUUGCAGCCUUUAUAGCUGUUUUAGGGAUCCUUUCCAUCAUUGCUCAGACUGUUGUUUUGAGUUUACUAAUGAGGUCGAUAGGAAACAAGAACACUAUUCUUCUGGGCCUGGGCUUCCAGAUAUUGCAGCUGGCCUGGUAUGGCUUUGGCUCUGAGCCUUGGAUGAUGUGGGCAGCUGGAGCAGUGGCUGCCAUGUCCAGUAUAACAUUUCCUGCAGUAAGUGCUUUGGUUUCCCGAACGGCAGAUGCUGACCAGCAAGGUGUUGUACAAGGAAUGAUCACGGGCAUCCGCGGGCUGUGCAAUGGGCUUGGCCCUGCCCUCUAUGGCUUUAUAUUUUAUAUCUUUCAUGUGGAACUGAAUGAGAUGCCUAUUACAGAAACAGAGCAUGUGGGGAAGGUGACGGCGCCAAAAUCAGAGCAGAAUUCCAUAAUCCCUGGGCCUCCAUUCCUCUUUGGCUCUUGUUCUGUGCUGCUGGCUUUGCUUGUAGCAUUAUUUAUUCCUGAACACACCAAUCUGAACAUUCGAUCCGGCAGUUGGAAAAAGCACGGGGCAGGACACAGCCACCAGCACAGCCCCCCAGCACAAGGUGAAGGCAAGGAACCUCUUCUGCAGGACACAAAUGUAUGAUGGUGCCUGAGACUGAUAUUUGCUGCUUGUACAUUUGCAUUUCAUUCACUACUGUGCUGAGGUUAUCGGUUGGAUUCUUAUUCUCAGCUGCUGGACACGAGAACCAUUGGACCAGCCUCCAGCUCUCUAACAGCGGAACCAGCCUUCACAGUGAUGGCGUCCCAGUCCUGCUUGAUAACUGGCAGGUCAUCUAAAGCCUCUCCCAACCAUGCUGGUGUAUUGGUGGCCAUCAUCCUAUCUAGUCAUUCAAACCAAUAGAGUACUACAAGCCUGCAACUUAGAAUGGUACAAGCACGUGUUUUUUGCUGAAUUGUCUGGACAAAUUGGGAGGUUUAACCCCAGAAAAUGUUAAUUUUUAUAUAUAUAUAGAAAGCCAAAGUAUUUUAUUUUUUUCUAAUUUAAUAGCAGCCGCUUUGCUCCUUUUUGACAGUUGUGUGAGCAUUUUAUGUCUUUGCUGCCAAAAUACUAGGUAAUUAGUGCAGCUCUUUUACAUGUUUACAGAAAUAUGAGGGUUUUUUUAACAGUUUGUAUGGAGAAGUGGCAGCCAGAGAUGUCUUCUCUCUCGCUGCUGUAUAAGGGCAUACAUUUCUGGUGCUGUACAUUUCCUUUCAUAAAUCUGAGCUCUAACUGACAACAUGUAGAACAUAUAAUUUGAAGCCUUAACAGUAAGUGCAUAGUACACUUCCCUUGUGCUGUGCUUUGGAAAGCAUUUCAGGUUGUGUUUUGGAUUCACAGUUCCAAUGGACUGAUAAACCCAUCCACAUUAAUAACUGUAUGACAGGGAUAAUCAUGCUACAGGCUUCCAGCUGGUGUUCAACUCUAACUCCCAGCAUUCCUUCCCAGCCAGAUAGGGAGCAUUUUGGUUUGACAUCCCAUCUCUAUUAUCUAAGCUACCAUCAGCUGGCCAUUCUCCCAGCUAAACACAGUACACUGGUUCCUGGCAAAGAGGAGGUUUGUUCAGCCUCCAAUCAGCUUUUAUCCAAUGUUUAUCAAAUACCACUAGAUUCUGGACACUCCGUCUCCAAAACUUGAAUACACAGCACACAAUGCUCAACCAAGCGCCUUGGAACUGCCUGUGCAUUUAUUGGUGGCCUUUUUCCGCACAUUCGAUUUUGGAAGAUUCAGAUUCCCCAGAAAGCUUUAUAAAAUAACCGAUGUGAAUUUCUCUCCUAAAAAGUAUAUUUGUGUAUAUUUUUGGUUGGUUAUUUAAAGUGUUUCUAUGUAUAAAGUGUUGUAUAACUUAACAUUAUCAAUUAUUUUUUUUUCCUAUUUGCCUGAACAUUCCUCAUUGGCUCAGAUCUGAAUGAUGUAAAUUUAUGAAUAAACCUAAAUAUUUUUAUAUUGA